AUGGCGAGGUUUUCAAAGCGUUCUCAUGAGUUAAAAAGUCUUCUUAUUUGGAAGCUAAUCGAGAACAACCGUAGGAGAAGAAUGCGUUUGUUCAAUAUGAUAUCUUUCCUUGUUAUGAGGAGAAAGAUAUUGCUUAAUACCAUUCUUUCGCUUCUAUGCUUGAUGGAAUCUAUGUGUUUGAGUACAUCCAGAUAUCGUUCGUGCCGAAGAUUUUAUCGAAAUCCUGGCUGGUGGUCAACAGUGUGGAACACAUACAGCGACUCAAGAUUUAAGAAGACCUUACGAGUUUCACGGAAAACAUAUCAACACAUUUUGAAACCCAUCAGACACAGAUUGGAGCGAAAGAACAUUAAUGAGGAACCAAUAACACCAGAAGAAAGACUUGCUAUUUGUUUAUAUCGCCUCGCUAGGGGUGACUAUUACCAUACAAUCGCCCAAAUGUCUGGCCUAGGGGUUGCUACGGUUUGUAAUAUUGUUUCUCAAGUUUCUCAAGCAAUUGUUGAGUGCUUGUGGACUACACAAGUGAGCAAACACUUACCAAAAACUCAAGAAACGUUUAUAAACAAGAUGGUCGAUAUGGAACAGUUUUGGCAAUUUCCGUGUUGUUGGGCGGCCGUGGACGGUUGCCACAUUCCAAUCAAGUGUCCACCUGGUGGACUUGAAUCUUGCAAGGAAUACCACAACUAUAAGAACUUUUAUUCGUUGGUCUUAAUGGCAUUCGUUGAUGCUAGAUACCGUUUUAUUUGGGCCAGUUGUGGUUUUCCAGCCAACUCCCAUGACGCUGUCAUAUUACAGUCGACUGAUUUAUGGCAUAAAAUAGAAGAGGGUGAGAUCAUUCCAGAAAUUGGCAAGAAAAUGGAGGGAAGAACUUUACCACCACUUGUGCUUGGAGACUCAGCGUUUCCCUUACAAACAUGGCUUAUGAAACCAUACACAGAUGCCACCCUGACAGAAAAGCAGAGAUACUUCAACUACAGGCUCAGCCGAGCACGCAUGGUUAUCGAAGGGGCAUAUGGGCAAUUGAAAGGCAGAUGGCGCGUUCUUCUACGAAAAUGUGAAAGCAGCGCUGCCCAAACUAAAUUAGUAACACUUGCUUGUAUUGUGCUGCAUAAUAUCUGCAUUGCACAUGGGGAUGCCAUAUCCAAGAAAUGCGACCUGUCAAUUGACCCUAUAACGAAUGAAAAGCGGGACAGGGAAACUGUUCGUGCACUUCUUGGAAUGAGAUCAUGCAGGAAGCUAAAGGAUACUUCACAAAUGGGAAGCAAAAACCGACUAGCCCUUACCAAAAUGCUGUACCGUGAAAAGGAGACCGGUGUAGUGAUUUGA